AUGAUUACUAUCGAUAAGAUCAAGGAAGUCUUCCCCAUCCACUGGCACGUUUGGAACAAUGACUUCCAGGAGCUUCAGCAGGCCAUCGGCGAGAAAACGGUAAGACAUGACUUGGAAAAGCUUGACCCACGUGGCCGGACACCGCUUAUGCUGGCGGUGAAACUAUGCCACCUGGAGUGCGUGAAAGCCUUGCUUACCGCGAAAUGUAAUGCCAACGUCGAGUGUGAUGGAUGGUCAGUGGUGCAGGAAGCCGUCUGCUCCGGUGAUCCCAACAUACUGACUGCCAUCCUCGAGGUGCGCGAUUUGCAGCGCCACAUCAAGCGAGUGUCGCACGUUCCGCAGCUGCUGCAGCACCUGCAGGAUACGCCGGACUUUUACGUCGAGAUGAAGUGGGAAUUUACCAGCUGGGUGCCGCUGAUGUCGCGCGUUUGCCCCAGCGACACGUACAAGGUGUACAAGCGCGGCUCGAACGUGCGCAUUGACACGACUUUGCUCGGGUUCGAUAAUAACACCUGGCAGCGUGGCAAUCGUAGCUACAUCUACAAGGGUCAGUCGAACACGGCCAGCAUGAUCGAGAUCGAUCAUGACACGGGCGAGGUGUCGGUGGAGCACAUGCGCAACAUCGAGGACGAAAAUAUCGACGGCAUCAGACCGAGCAAGGAGGCGGUGCAUCUGCGCCUGCAAGCUCCGGUCAUCUGCAACCACAUCGACAUGGACAAGAUCAGCUUCGAGCGCAACAAGUCUGGGUUUUGGGGCUGGCGCAGCGAGAAAGUGGAAUCGAUCAACGGGUACGAGUGCAAGGUGUACGGAGCGAGCAACGUUAAGUUUAUUACGCGCACCCGCAAUGAGCACCUUGGCAGCGAUCAGGCUCGGAUGAAAAAUUCACGCACUCCACUGCAGCACUUCCUGGGCAUGACGGAGGAGGAUUAUGAUCACGGUGCGGUGGCCGGAUCGAGUACAAGUGCCCUUAGGGAGCCGUCCCCGGUUGGGUCGAACAACGGAGACGAUCGUUCGCCGGACGGGUCGGACGAGAACGUCGGUCAUGAGCAGUCAGGGACGGCUCCAUCGGCGGAGGAGUACUUCUCUGAAAUCGACCUAAAUGGGCGGGACGUCGGCAAACCAAUGCGAAUCACUGCCAAAGAGCAGCACUUUAAGGCGAACAUCUGGCUGAGCGAAGAGUUCCCCAUUAAGCUGCAGGAACAGGUAUUACCGAUACUGGAUCUUAUGUCUACCAUGGCCAGCCCGCACGUAUCGAAGCUGAAGGACUUCAUUACCAUGCAGUUGCCGUCGGGAUUCCCCGUUAAGAUAGAAAUUCCCCUCUUCCACGUGUUGAACGCGGUGGUUACAUUCGGGAACGUGUUUGCCAUCGAACAAUCGGUUCCGAAUGUAAGCCAUAUCCGUGAAAGCGACGACCGGACAACCUGCGUGAUCGAUGACGCGUGUUUCGAGGCACCGAGCGGUUACGGCGUCCGGCGUGGUAUCGCCGACUUCCGACAGCAGCUUACGUUCGAGGACGAGGACGAACUGAUGCAGUUCGCCAUACAGCAAAGCCUGGUCGAGUCGGGAAGCGAAAACGACAAGGUCGACAUUUGGGAGGCGUUGAAGGCACCUAGGCCACACACGCCGCAGUACUACGAAGACGAACAGCUGCAGAGAGCUUUGCAAGAAUCACUGAUAACCGGAUUUCAAAGCAGCAGGUCGGGGGCCAUUUCCGAGACCGGUGGUCAGCCACCGGCGCUGGCUCUCGAUCACCAGGCGGCAGCGUCCGUGGCCGCUAGCGACGGAAACGAUACCGAACCCAGCCCCAACUGGUACGUCGAUCCCAAUCUGCAGCUAGCCAUCAAACUCAGCCAGGAGGAGGAGGCACGCCGCGAAGAGGAACGGCUGCGGGAAGAAGAAAUGCUGGCCGAAGUAUUGCGGCUUAGCUUGCAGGAUAAAUAGGGCAGCCUGCGAGUGCAGGAUGGCUUAAAACGUGCGAGUAACCAAAUACAAGUUGACGGUGGUCGCGAAGGCCGAUAACGACGAUCGACCGUAGAGCGAAGGCUACAACAAAUUCGUUACCGUGAGAAUGGAGGGCUUUUUUGGCCACUUUCCGUGCAACCG